CUCAUCCUUGGGGAUAUACAUCGCCACUUCUUCUUCUUCGCCCAGGGAUAAGUUGGCGACCCACUCUGAAAUCCGUUCCUCCCUCUCUCUCUCCUUCGGUACUCUGUGAUGACACUCUGCGGCUAUGGCCGCUUCCUUCUUCCUCCGUCGGACUGUGCAGCUCGCUUCACAGGUAGCAUGGGAGAAGGCUUGUGCGUUGAUUGGUGGGAACCCGCCAUCUGUCGCAGUGGCAUUCGUCUCUAAAGUCACACCUGUUUCUCGCAAGGCGAUUGCUGAUCUGGCACACAAACUGUCGAUGUCACUGGUCGCUUCUCGAAAGUCGCAGCCAACAGAUAAGCGUGACGGCGGCAAAGAACCUGCCAUCGCCACCUCAGUGACAGGGUUACCCAGAAGCCAACCUGCUGUGGGUCAGCCGAGCUUUGGCAGUGCAAUGGCCUGUGGUCCUACGUUUUCUGUUCAAUCUCAGCCGCUUCCACCUUUCAUCGCGUGCACAGCUGAUAACUAUCUGAACAAUGGAAAAUUUGGCUUUAUGCUUCGCAGCCAGCUCGGAGAGGAGACAGACGAGCAGGAGGGGGAGGUGGUUUCCAGAAGUGAAGUUUCCAGAAGUGAAGUUUACAGAAGUGAAGAACAAUUGGGAGCAAAUGAUGUUGUAGGACAGGCAGUUGGACCAGCUGUCAAAGAAUCUGAACCUUCUUCUUCUUCUACUCCACCCUUGCAGCUGGCCGGUGCUCAGUAUCCGUCCAUGCCCGGUGUACCUGGCUAUGGUGAGGAUGUGUGCAUGGGUGACAGUCGACCGUUGAUUUCAGAACAAACAAGAGACCAUGAUGCUACACCCACUCGGACAAACGGACCAGAUCAGGUUACACAGCUUAGGUCCCCACAUCAUCCUGAUUCAACGAAUCGGGCAGAGUCUUCUGUGGUUGGCAACCCACCCGUCUCCACAGUGUCUGAUCGAACUAAGGUCGAUAAUUCUAAGUCAACAAGCUUCAAGGAGGAAAUGGACUCUUCUCCUCCUCCUCGUUUUUCUUCUUCUUCUUCUUCUUCUUCUUCUUCGUCUGUGUCAUCUGCUUCUCCUGUGCAUGCUGCAAUUGGGGUAGUGGAAACGGGAGAGUUAGAGGAUGAAGAGGGUGAAGAUACCGACGAAGAAGAUGAAGAAGAUGAAGAAGAUGAAGAUGAGGGUAUGAUUGUUGCAGACUUUGGAGAUUUGGCACGCGAGGCAGCAGAGAUGUUAGGGACGGAUAAUAUCCUGGUGAAGCUUGCUGUGCUUGAUGACGAGCUUGAUGGCAACGACGAUGACGAGUCGGAAGAUGCAGAUCUUUCAAGGGGAGUCUUCAAUCAUUGUAAAGGUCAAUCUGAAGAGAAAGGGGGGCUAUCAUCCAUCAAGCUGAGAUUUAGCAACGACGAUGAGGCAGACAUGGCAGAUGUCGAAUCAGAGGACUCCUUGCAUGGAGGUCAUGGGAUUGAAGGGGGUUAUAAGGUGCGGGGGGGAUGGAGGGGGGCUGCACUUGGGCUGCAGGACUGGUGGCGAAGACAGACAGAGGAGGUGGGGGGCUCUACUGUUAUCUCAGGUGGUACGGGCUCUACUGUUAUCUCAGGUGGUACGGGUACUGGUGAGCUGGCAUCUGACAUGAAUGGUCACAUACGGGUGGCAAAUGAGGGGGCUACUCGUGAAGGCGAGUCAAUGUUUGACUUGAUACUGGCUGUCGGCCACAUGCCUGGUGUUGACAUUACUGCCUUCUACUCGCCAUUUGGAGGAAUGCCUUACCUGCCUAAUAUUCAAAAAAACCUCGCUAACGAUACUCAACCGCAUUGGUUGCUAAUGUCCAACGAUGGCGAGCCGGUGAAAAWGCCGCCGGAGAUAGAGGGAGUAGUUGCCAAGUACCCUGAUCUAUUUGAAGAGCCAACAGGGGUUGUAGAGAGGGAGGUCGUCCACGCGAUAGAAAUUAUCCCAGGGUCUAGCAUCCCAAAGGGUAGGAUCUAUCGGAUGUCUCCAGGCGAGCUCGAUGAGCUUCGCCGACAACUCAAGGAACUCGUAGAGAAGGGGUGGAUCCGGCCGAGUGUCGCUCCUUAUGGUUCUCCAGUACUUUUCGUGCCUAAGAAAAAGGAAGGGACACUGAGGAUGUGCAUUAACUAUAGGGGCCUCAAUGCCAUCACUAUCAAAAAUAGAGAGCCCCUUCCUCGUAUCGACGAUUUGCUAGAUAGAUUGCAAGGGUGUCGAUACUUCAGUAAGAUAGAUCUGAAGUCCGGGUACCAUCAGAUUGCAAUCCGGCCCGAGGAUCAACACGAAACCGCUUUUCAGACCAGGUACGAUCUGUACGAGUUUGUGGUGAUGCCUUUCUGUCUUUGCAAUGCUCCUGACACCUUUGAGCACGCUAUGAAUCAGAUCUUUCAUGACUACUUGGAUAAGUUUGUCAUUGUGUACCUCGAUGACGUACUUAUUUUUAGUAAGAAUGUCGAGGAGCACGUUGCGCACUUGGACAAAGUCCUCAGUCUCCUGCGACAACACAAGUUCAAGAUCAACGGUGAGAAGUGCGAGUUUGGCCGCAUGCAUGUCUUGUACUCGGGUCAUGAGAUUUCCGCGGAAGGGUUGAAGCCCGAUGACGCGAAGGUGGCCAGCAUUCGUGAUUGGUCGCGUCCUCAGUCUGUGACUGAGAUGAGAUCUUUCUUAGGGAUGACCGACUACUAUCGCAACUUCGUGAAGAACUAUAGCAUAGUUGCCGCCCCUUUGACUGAUCUGACCCGCCUUGACACCCCAUGGGAGUGGGGACUGAGAAAUCCAUUUAUAGUGACUACGGAUGCUAGGCAAUAUGGCAUAGGCGCCGUACUUGCACAACAGGAGGGGAAAAAGUUGAGACCAGUUGAGUACAUGUCCAAGAACAUGCCGUCUCAGAAGUUGGCUAAGUCCACCUAUGAGAAGGAACUCUAUGCGGUAUACAAGGCUCUGACCCAUUGGAGGCACUACCUCCUUGGGACGUUCUUCAUCCUCAGGACUGAUGAUCAGACCCUGAGAUGGAUGAGAACUCAGCCGGUACUCUCUGACGCUCUCAAGCGUUGGAUCGAAGUCAUAGAGCAAUAUGACCUCGAGCCCCAGUACAUCAAGGGCGAGUACAACAAGGUUGCUGGUGCCUUGUCGCGUAGACCUGAUUUCUCAGGUGCGCUGAUUACUGAGUUCAAUCUUGCGGACAAUGUUACUCAGUCCCUGGUGGAAGCCUAUCGCGAGGAUCCGUUCAUGAUUGAGAUCAUCCGCAGACUCGAUGUGAAGGACAAAGUGACUUCUGCCGAGUUUGAGUUGGUCAACGGCUUGCUGUUCCUUGAGAAGGCUGGGAACAAACGUUUGUGUGUUCCUAAUAGGGAGUCUUUGCGUAGUUUAUUUUUAGGCGAAUGUCAUGAUGCCACGGGACAUUUUGGGUUUAAGAAGACUGCGGCUAAUCUGCUGCAGCGGUUCUGGUGGCCCACAUUGAUGAAAGAUGCUAAGCUGUACGUGGAGAGUUGUCAGGUCUGUCAAAGGGACAAGCCACGUACUCAGGCUCCUCUUGGGCUUUUGAAGCCCCUUCCGAUUCCGGAAAGGCCUGGUGAAAGCCUGUCCAUGGAUUUCAUGGAUACGCUGGUCACCAGCAAGAGUGGAAUGCGCUACAUCUACGUCAUUGUGGAUAGAUUUAGUAAGUUUGCUAGGUUAGUUGCAAUGCCGGCAACAGCUAAGACGGAGUAUGUGAUUAAAAUGUUUAAAGAAAAUUGGGUUAGAGAUUUUGGAUUACCAAAGUCUAUCGUUAGCGACUGGGACGUGCGAUUUACCAGUGAAUUGUGGAAAGCAGCAGCUGCAGAGCAAGGCACUCAACUGCAGAUGACAUCAGGUAGUCAUCCCGAAGCAAACGGGCAGGCUGAACAAAUGAACCGCGCUGUACAACACCUGCUAAGGCAUUACAUCAAGCCAAAUCAGGUAGACUGGGAUGAGAAACUCGCCCUCAUCGCCAGUUUGUUCAAUAAUGCUGUGCACAGCGCAACUGGAGUCAGUCCUAACAGCUUGCUACUGACCUUCAGACCCCGACUGCCUUUAGACUUUAUACUACCUGACAAUCAGCCGACUGCUGCACCUGGGACUUUAGAGUUUGCUUAUCGAUAUGAGCAGCUGAUGCAGCAGGCUGUUGAACAGAUGCACAAGGCACAGGCGGCGAUGAUAGAGUCUGAGAACAAACACCGCCACCCAUCCACGUUUCAGGUAGGAGAGAGAGUCCGGGUCAAGUCCUCAAAACUGCGACAGGAGCACGGGGUCUCCCGCAAGCUCAUGCCACAGUACUUUGGACCAUGGGAGGUAUUGCAUGUCGUGGGGAAUGAACCGGAUGGCCCGUCUUAUGUUAUUCGCAUCCCUGGUCACUUACGCACUUACCCUAUCUUUCACGCCUCCAAGCUUGCACCUUCCAAGGAAACAGAUCGGUUUCCUUCCCGAUGCUCAAUGCUGCCCCCAACCAUGGAUGGAGAGGUGGACAUAGACGACAUCGUGGAUGACCAGGAGUUGCCAGUUCCAAGACCGACAGGCAGGGGACGUCCUCCGAAACCGAAGCUGCAGUACAGAGUUCGGUUCCGACAUCAUCUGGAUCCAAAGGAGGAAGAACUCAUGCAGACCGCUCCUCAGAUCGUAGCUCAAUAUGAGAAAUCUCUGCAGAAGGGAAAGCGCCAGAUCAUUGAAGACUGAACUUCUCACAGGACUAGCGAAGUUAUGGAGGAGGGAAUGCAAGGCUUAUGCCCCUAUGAGCCCACUUUCAGGCCCUGCCAAGUAUCACGUCGACCGCCCUAAGUAAAGGCAGGCACGGCGA